UCCCCGGCCACAAGGAACCGGCCGAGAAGUCCGGGCCACGCUCUCCGGACCCCUCGGCCGUCGCAGCCCCCGGUGCCAGGGCUGGAGCGCCGGGCACUGCCGCCUCCCUCGCCCGCCCGCACGCCCCGAGCGGGGAAGCACGCCGCCUCCCUACGCACCAGCAUGGCACCUCGCACAAGUAGCGCCGCCAAAGUUUCCCCACGAGGGGGCUGAGGGACAAAAGCCCCUCCCGAAACUCUCCCGAACUUCGAGGGCCUCCGACCCGCACGUCCCUCCGCCCAGGCGGCCGCCCCGAGCGCCGGGGGCCCGCACGGGCACAUGCAGCCCUUUGUUUUCUGUCCAGCCGGGCGCUGCCUACGUGCAGCAUCAGAGAUGUCGGAGCGUUUCGCAGGGGCCGGACACUGGACGAUCACCCCGGGUAGGGGUCCGGACCCCGCGCCCGGAAGAGUCCGGAGCCUGGUCCCCCGGCCCUCCCCUUGGGAGCGGGCCCAUUUAAUCAAAGUUUUGCAGUGUCCUUGAUGAGAAACGCCCGGAGUACCCGCCCCGCACGGGCGGAGAGUUGGCGACUUUCACUCUGCUUUUUAAACUGGCAAGACGCCAUCAUCAGCAAACCACAUUGUCCUGCCGGCCGGACCUGCCUGACGGCGGCCGCAUCCCACGGCUCACGCGGGGCUGGACAUUCGGACAAGGACCAGGGUCGCAGCCCGAAGCACGUGGUCUGUCACGUAGAGCACAAAAAGCAGUGCCCUGCGGAGUUCACUGACUCCUGCGGCGUAGACAACGCCGCCGCCUCCGUCCCCAGCCAAGUUGGCUUCCCUGGCCAUCUUACAGCGCGGACGGCCGCCCACAAACGGGAAGCCCUCGCCGUGGCGCCCACACCUACGCUACAGGUGAACGCACGGGGAGCAAAACUUCGGGCUCCGAAGGCACCCCGGACACCAGACGCUCUUGAGCACGGUCCGAAGAGGGCAGGAGAGUGGAAGACGGGCUGUUUUUAAGCGACCGCGUGUUGCUCUCAUUGUCGCAUCCGCAUCCCUCCGGAGUUGAGCAAACAACGCCACGCCGCGUGCGCUCCGGCAGAGCCCAGCACUGACCCCCAAAGGCCGAUUUAAAGACCCUCGGCCGCCAGCUUGGAAGCGGACGGCAACUUAGUUUCCGAGCGAAUGGCGUUUAUUGUCCACCCUAGCCCGGGGGCUGCAGUCAACUAAACCACGAGGUUUCACAACGGCGCCCGACCCUGCCCGCGCCUCGCGCCCACGCGGACGCACCGACCCCGGCCGCUGCGCGGUGGCCAGCCAGUUGCUUUCCUCUCGGGCCUUUCGGCCGCCGGGCUCCUUUCCGCGAGAGAAUACUGCGGCGGAGAAAAGUCAUUGUCACCUUCAACGUGGAUCCCUCAACUCCGGCGACUCCUCAAUUAUGCCUAGGCUCCACUCACUUCCCCCGCCCCGAGACUUUCGGUUUGCCUCAAAUACCCUCCCCAAUUAAUAAAUACACACUAAACAAGCGCGUACCAAAGAACCUGGGGUCUGAAGAUCACGAAAACAGCGCUCCCAACAAUGCCACCUCCAAGACAAAACUUCCUGUGUGUAUGUGGAAGGACGGGGGGAGGUGGGUGGAGGUGAAAAGAGAGAGAAAAAAAACACUCUGAAAUCAAAGCCUCAUGAGACAGUUUUGCACUAGAGGCUUGGUGAGAGUCACUCACCUUCCAAAAGCAGCCGUUCCACGCGCAAUAACGUCCCCGAGGUGCGGAGUGCACGCCAGACCAGUCCCCCUCAAGCGCUCCCUCCUCCUCAACUGCCUUGUCUAGAAAGAUUGUCUCCUGCAGUUCUGCAGUUGCUACCGCUGGCCGAGAAGGUGUAGAUUCCGCUUUCUCUCUGCGCACGCGCGGCUCCCGGCACAAAAUUCUCUUGAAUCGAACUUAUUUGCAUACGGGCGCGCGCACGUCGCGGGCUGGGAGGGGGAGAAGUCCCGGCGACCGCGCGCGCUCCCGAGGCCUCUAUUGUCCUUUUAAGGGGAGAAGCUCCGCGGCGCGGGAAACGCGGCGGCCAGAGGGAAACGGGGGCGGGGACUGCUUACUACGGCGGACGUCACAUAAACAAAC